AUGGCGCCUGAGGCCGCCUCCUGCUUGGUCGAUGUGGUUGAUGCGGCGAGGCUCCUUCCCCUCGAGGCCAAUCCCGACGUCAUGAACCAGGACCGGAGCAAGGAAGCCCAAGCUUCAGCUACCUCGUCGGUGGAAACCAAGGAGCCCAGCAAGAACGUAUAUUUCACAAAACAAACUGUUGGGAAUGCCUGUGGCACAGUUGGUAUUAUUCAUGCCCUGGGGAAUGCUACUUCCAGAAUCAAACUAGCUGAGGGGUCAUAUUUCGAUAGAUUUUAUAAACGAACUGCUGACAUGAAUCCUACCCAGCGUGCUACAUUUCUUGAGGAGGACGAGGAAAUGGAGAAUGCUCAUUCCAUUGCCGCUACUGCUGGUGACACAGAGGCCAAGGAUGGAGUAAUUGAACAUUACAUUUGUUUCUCUUGCGUCGAUGGAGAACUUUAUGAGCUUGAUGGGGGGACAUCACAGCCAAUACCCCAUGGGCCUUCCACUCCUGAUACCUUGUUGCACGAUGCUGCAAAAGUUAUAAAAGCAAGACUUGCCUUGUAUUCCCAGUCAAUCAACUUCAAUGUCAUGGUUUUUUCAGGCAAAGUGAUAUAG